AUGAACAAGAUAAAGGAAUUUUGUAGUGGGUACAUUAAAACUAUAUUAUUUGCCAUAGAGUAUAAACAUCGUUUUUAAGUAUAAUAUUCAUUAUUUCAAAGUUCCCUCAAGAAUUUUUUAUCAUUCCUCAUUUCCUGCAUCAUGUUUAAAUAUUAAGUUUAUUUUUGGAAAGAUCUUCAGAUUAAUUAUUUGAUUAUGUUGUUGUUUUGGCACAUUAUUCUUUAAUUGAACCUAUGUUGACAGAUGAAUUGAGGAAACUUUUUUUAUUUCUAAUUUUUGCCUUUUAAAUAAUUUUACUAUUUUAUCUACUUAUUGCAACAUUUGAAACUCAAAGAAUAGCCUUAAACUUUAAAUUAAGAUAAAUUUUAGAGAAAAAAAUAGAAUCUGUAAGUUCUAUUUUGCACUGGUACUUUACUUUUUAUAACAUAUUCACAAUUCCAAUAAUUGUAAUUAGUAUCAAAUUUAUGUUAACCAAUUAUUAUAUUUUUGGAUAUUUUAAUGCAAUUUUGCAAUAUUUUUAAGGAAUAAUCCUCAUAUAUUUAUUAAGAAAUCACAGAUUUGCAGAAAAUAAUUCUUUUAAAAGAAAAUUCGCAUAUGUUUAAUUAUUUAAUUAUACUGUUGUUUACUUAUUAAUCUUUUUUAGAUUUUAUGAAGAAAUUUUAUUUAUUAAGUAUGCAUUUGGAUUUUUGUAUGCAUUUUUGCAAAUAGUAGACUAAUUUUAUAGUUUUCCUUAUAGAGAUCCUUUUCGAGAACCAUCUUUAAAAGUAGCUAUGGUACUUUUAAGUAGUAUAUUCAUAUGCCUGCUGUUUGAAUUUGGAGCAAUCGUAUAUGGAUAAAUAUUUUGGAUUAUGUUUGUUGCUUCAUUGAUGAGUGGAGUAUCAGCUUCAAUAAGUUCACUUUUUCAUGAAUUUGCAAUGACAAAUUAUAAUUCUCGUUUCAAUUUAGAAGAGAAAUAUAUAAUUAUUGGAGUUGAUUAAUUUUAUAGUCAUUUUACUCAUUUUUAGACAAGUGAAUUUAAUAAAUUAACUUACUUUUAAUAAUUGAUAAAACAUAAUGAGAAUUGUGUUAGAAUUAAAUGUCCUUCUUAAAAAUCAAAAUUAUAAAAAAUUAAUUUUAAUGAUAAUGCAUAAUUAUAGAAAUUAACAAUUGAUGUUGUGUGUUGUAUAUUUAAAACUUGUCAUAGUAGAACUGUUAUUAAAAAUGGAGAAAUUCAUAAGCCUAAAUUUGAAUAGUUGCAAUUAUAAUAUAUUAGUUUUUUAUCAUCAACAGCUUAAAGACCAUUAAUUGGUUAUGUUGAAUUACGAAAAUAUUAAUAAGACUAAAAUAAUGAUAAUUCAUUAUAUUUUCGAGAAUUGACUUCCAAAAUUUCUGCAGAGUUGGAGUUUUCCAUUUUAUAUCUUUAAGAGAGAAUGAUCUAGUAGUAAUUUAAAAAGGAAAGAUAUAUGGCAAGAGAAGAAAAAUUAACAAUUGCAUAACUUUGGAGAAGUGUUAAUUGUUAUUAAGAAAUCACUCCUUAAAUAAUUGAUGUUAUUGAUAAGAAAUAAAAAUUUUGGGAUAAUCUUUUAGAAGGUUAUGAAGAUUUAGAAGCAUUUCAUAAAGAAUAACUCUCAUUAUGUAAAUCUAUAGAUGAAUUAUAUAAGAAAAUUAAAAGUAAAUGUUAUUAUAAUUCUAUUAUAGCAUCAAUUAUAAUCCCAGAAGUGUUUUUUGAUAGAUCAAAGGAUAUAAGUUUAUAAACAGUUCUUAAAAUAUUAGAUCCAGAAGAUAGAAAUAUAAAUAUAUUAAAUUUGAAGUUAUACUCUAUUUUGUAUGCUGUUAUUUUAAAUGAUUUUGACAGAGUAUCUUAUUAUUUUAUAAUAGGCAUUUUAAGCAGAAAAAUAAAUUGAGGAACUCAUAAAAGAAGAUAGAUAGAAAUCAAUUGAAAUGAUAGAUGAUUGUGCUUUAUUGAAGGAUGAAGCAGCUAUUAUCUUAGUUAGUCUUGUAAGAAAGAAGGGUCAUAUAGUGAAUAAGAAUUUAUUAACUUUGGCAAAUUUCUUUGAGUUUUAGAAUGUUUAAGAUAUAGCAGGAGUAAUAAUAACGAUUUCAAUAUUUUAGUAAACUUCAAUCUCAUCCUUCUUACCACCUGAUUUAAGAAUAUUGCAUGAUGCCUAACUUAAUGAAUUUAUUUCAAAGGGUUAUACAAAAUAUUCAAUAUAAAGCAUUCAUUCAUAUUAUUUAUAAAAAUAGGGGUAUUUAAGAGAAUGUUAUAUAAAACUGGGAAAUUUAUUUUAAGAUUCUUCAGAUUUCAUUUUGACUGGUUCAAUUCUUAGGUUGUCAACAUCAUAUGAUGUAGUUAUGUUUGAUGGCUAUGGCAAAAUUAUUGGUUCUAGCUAAGCUUUUUUCUAAAAAAGAAUUCUACCCAAUAAUCCAAAUAUAACAAUAGAAAGAUUUUUGGAAUAAGGAUAUAUCUUUAUGUUAAUGCCAUUCAUUUUAAUCAAUUUAAGGAAAUUAGCUAAUGAGAUAUAGACAGAAUUUAUAGAUUACAGUUAUUUCCCAGCAUAGUUAUUGGAUAUUUGUUUGUAAUUUGGAUAAAUAUUCGAUGAUAAAUAAAAUUAAGAUUAAAGAUUAUCAUCAUAUAAUUUAACCACAAUUAAGUCCUAGUUAGCUUCACAUAAUUCAGCAAUAUCUGCUAGAACUUAUAACGAUUCAGAAGAAUAGGUUAAAAUUAAAGGUUUAAACAUCCCUAUGUUAUAAGUAGAAAGAAUGAAUUUGGUACUAGAUUUUUUAUUGAAGUAUCAUGAUGAAUAAACUAUCCUAUGUGAUGUUCUUAAAAUUAAAUAUAACUUAGAAUUUUAAAUAAUGGAAACCAAAAAAAUUAAAUAUCCAUAUUUUAUAUUAAAAUUAGAACCAAUAAAUGAAUUUGAAAGAUCUGAUUCAUGUUCAAUAAUUCCUUAUAAAAAAUCUAUUCGAAAAACUUUGAUGGCUCUUAAAUAUGGGGAAUCACAAAAGGGAAUGGAAUCAACUAAUACAAAAAAUUUCUAAACUAUAAAUCUAUAAUAAAACUCUGAUUAAUUAAAUGAAACAGCUGACAUUAAAGGACCUUCAGAUCAACAUAUUUUAGAAUAGAUUAUGGAAAUCAAUAAUUUAACUGUUUCUAUACCUAAAAAAUAACUAGAUUUAUCAAAAGUCAUUUUUGAAAACCCUUAAAUUUCAAGGAUUGAAGAUUAAGACUUUUAAUAAUUAGUAUAAGAUUUUGAAGAAAGUAAAGUGAUUGAUGAAAAACAAGAAUAGGAACAAUAUGAAGAUCCAAAAUAUGAAUCUGAUUAAAUUGAAAAAAAAAAAAAAAAGUCUGAUAGUUCAAAAGGAUAAAAAAUUAAAAAAAAAGGUGAUAUUCUAGAUAUUUUAAGAAAGAAUAAGAAUAAUUAAGUCUUAGAAAAUGAAAAUUAAUAGUCCUCUAAACCUAGUUCAACAAAGACUUCCUCUACAAAGUCACCAUAUUUAUUAAUUAGAUCUCUCUAUUAAUUUGGAUAUAUUGAUUCUCAAAUUUGGCUGAUAAUUAUGUUAAAUAUAGUUAUAUGUGUAACUGCUUUGAUUUUGGUUUUUAUAAAGAUAUUCAUUGUUUAAAGUAAUUAUGUAAUUUAUUUUUUAAGAUUAAUUUGGAAUUCUUUAAGCUAAUUUAAAUUAUGUUUAAUAUCCUGAAAAAAUAAAUAAUUACUUCCUAAAAACUUUAAUGUACUCAUCCAACAUUCUUCAUUAACAAUUCUAAUUGGUAAAUUAUAGUUAAUUUAUGAAUAAUGCCCUUAAAGAUGAGUUUAAUUAUUUGGCUUUGAAUAUUGAACAUGAUUUAAAAAGUAUUUAUGAGGAUAUCAUAACUUUUGAAAAUUAAGUAAUCUAAUUAAAUGAUGAUCUAAAAAUCAUCAAUAAUUUAGAAUAGUUCAACAUUACAUUUGAUUUAACUAUACUUUUAUAAAAGAAUUUAUCAUUUUAUUUUUAAAUUUAAAUUAAACUAUAGAAUAAAUUUCUUCAAAUUCUAUUAAUCUAAACUAAUAAAUUUAAAAUUCAAAUUAAUUAGAUGAAAAAUACUUGUCACUAAAUUUAUUUUUUAAAUUAAAUAUGGUUUAAGUAAUUAAAGUUUCGAAAAGUUAUAUCAAUUAUCUUAAUGAAAAUUUACUUUUUUAUGAAUAAUAAAUUGUUAAUAUUCUCAUUUAUGUUGUGGUCGCAGAACUUAGUAUCAUUACAGCUUUAAUGUUUAUGAUUAUUAAGGCUUUAUAAGAUGUAAAUUAAUUAAUCAGAAAAAUCCUAAUUCUAAUAACAAAACUAAGUGAGGAUGAUGUUAAUCAAAUUAAUAAAAUUUAUACAGAAAUUAAAACUAUUUUAAAAGACCCUAAAUAAGUGUAAUGGAAAAAAACUAAUUUUGUUAAAUGCAUAUUUGAAACCAAUUUUAUAAAAAAUAAAUAAGAUUUAAACUUUCUUUAAUCCUCUAAUGCAUCUAGUAAUUCCUAGAACAAUAAGUAGAAAUUUAAAAAGAGAUAUCAAAACAGUUCCUUAACUUCAAGAGUAUAUAAUUUAAGAUUACCAUAAAUUUGGAAUUAUGCAUUCAUAUUUUUAUCUUGGUUAUUUUUAGCAGGUUAUUUAUUAGGUGCAUUAGGAUUAUCCCUCUCAAUGGUACAUUCUAUUAAACCUGCAAUUGCCUUAAAUUUAUAAUUAAUAGAAUUUAAAUUAAAAUUUGAUUCAUUAAUAGUUUAUGGAGAAAUUUUGAAAACAGACUAUUUAGUGAAUUUAAAAUUAAAUCAAUUUUAUGAAUUAUCUUCAAUUAAAUUCAAUUAAGAUGGAGUAUUAACUGAAUUCUUUUCCUUAUAAGAGGGAUUUUAAGAUUAAUUAUAUGAUAUUUAUGAUUAAUUAUCAUCAAGUACAUCACUUUUAGAAGAACAAAAAAAUACUUUAUUAAUUCCAUUUCAAAGUUCCCUUUGUGAAAGUGAUCCAACUCUUGUUCCAGCAUGUACAAUUCCAUUAGAAUCAACUUCUUCAGAUUAUAGUUUAGAUUAUCUUUCUGGAGGAAUAGUUGAUAUGGUACAUGAAUUUUCAAAAACAUUGAAAACUUUCUGGUAGAUAACUGAUUUUGCUAUUACUGAUGAAGAUUAAUUAGAAAAAUUUCUAUCUGGAUAAGUUUAUACAACUGAAUUUGUCCAUCAUUUUCUUUUUUAAGGAAAGAUUAUGGAACAANGA